UUCGAAGCAAGGUGGUACCGCGCCACCGUAGUACGACGCAAGCGAGUAGCACCCUCGCCGCUCACAAGUGAAUUCGUCGUCUCAAGCACAGCCGAUGGUCGCUGUCGUCGAGUGGUCGGUCGCACUCCCCGACGGUUUUGCGGUCCGCGUCCAGAAAGACAUGUUGGACCUUGUCCACGCGUACUCGGACAGCUCGCCCGAGACGCGCGAGAUCGACGCGUACCAAGCAGGGUACAAGGUCGCGCACGAGUACAUGACGUCCAAGGUCUUUUCGCGCAAGUGCGAAACAUCGGGCUACAACGAAUUCCUUGUCGUUGGGAACGCCGAUGUCACGAUCGACGAGUACGUCGAGCUCACCUACUGCGAGUGCGAAGAGACCUUUCGGACGCAGCAGACGCUCUUUUAUGCCGAGAACCUCCUCGACGCGCGCGUCCUCAACGUCUCGCUGGCACGCUGCGACGACGAUCCGUUCCGACACUUUGGCGUCCGCUACAAGAAGAUGAACAUGGCGUACAAUGGGGUGUUUGCGCCGCGCGACACCACGUACGUCGAGUGCACCGGCUCGUUUGUCAACAAGAAGGGUCUCCGCGGCGUCUACUGCGUGCGCGAAUCGAUGGAUUUUGACGAGGUGCCCGAGAUGCCGGGGGUCGUGCGCUUCUACAUGAAGGCAAUGUUUCUUCUCACCGAAGCCCGUGACGGCAGCGUCGAGCUCCUUCAAGUCAUGACGGCCAACCCGCUCGGAAAGCUGCCGGCUUGGAUGUUCAACAAGACGUCGAUGGCGUACAGCCACAUGAGCGACGACUACGCCAAGUAUUUGCAGCAAAAGCGGCUACUGGCGUACGUGGCCUCGAAGCGCAAGCCGCGGCACCCGAUCAAAAAAGCCAAGGUGUGCUCAUCGUGCGCCGGUGCGUUCCGGGGGCUCCGCGCGCGCCACGAGUGCUGGGGCUGUCGCGAGAGCAUGUGUGGCAAGUGCGUCGUCCCGAUCCCGCGCGCGCUUGUCGGCGUCGACGGCGCGAUGAAAGCGGUGUCAGAAGAAUUUUGCAAGCGCUGUUUUCUCCAAGCACGAUCGUACCGAACAUCAAGCAGUGCCAGCUCGUUCCGGCUGCAUGCGUCGGACGACACGACCGAGCACUCGCACCACUCGAACCAGACGCGGUCCAGUUCGGGCAACGAAAGCUACGCCAAAGACUUGGCCGACGACGACGAUGUCCCGAUGGCGCCGCCGCAAGCCGCACCCGCACCCGCCUUUGAUGCAAUGGACAUUGAGUCGCAUUUGAGCCAACUGCAGCUCGGCAUCGAGACGCAACGGUAUCUUGUGGCGCAGAUGCGGUCGCGACUCGAAGCCCAAGCCGUCUAGUGGUUGUAUUUACGUUGAUAUAGUAAUAUUGUACACUGUCUGUGAAAAGAUAAAGACUAAGUCUCAAGUCCGUCCUUUGACGCGCC